AUGUCAGAUAAAAAAAAUUAUUCACAAACAACAACUUCUAGAUCAAUUACUCACACGACAUCUUACACUUACUCUUUUCCUCCUAUAUUCACCCCUAUUUCUUCGACUGUAACAGAUAAAAUUAUAUCAUCUGAAAAUGCGGAUAGUUCAUUUACGAUAAAAAUAUUUUCUCCAUUACCUAGUUCGACUUCUUUAAAUGCUGAUACGACUAGUACUAUAGAUAAUUCUGGUAUACCACUUCCUACUAUUUACGCUCCUCUCCCUUCAAGUGCUAAAGGUCAACUUACUUUUGGUGUACCAACAAUGACAUCCUCAGCCUUUUAUUUUUCUCCUACAGCUACAAACACUAAUAUUGUGACUACUAAUUCAAAUACAUCAAAACUUUCUGGUGGAAAGAUCGCAUGUAUUGUUAUUGUGAGCAUGUUAGGUACUGCUAUUCUAUCUUAUAUGUUUUAUGUAAUGUGUUGGACUCGACGGGAUUACGAUAAAGACGAGAAAGAGAGUGAGAUGAGUUCUGUAUACCACGAUGAUAAUCAACCUAUAAACUUUCCCCGUGCUCAACCUUUUUAUGAUCCGAAUCGUCUCUAUUCUUCGGCAUCCUCAUUCAGAGACCCAAGAGAAGAUUUUAGAGCUUAUUAUUAUGCACGUUCAGCAGCUUCACAAUUUAAGGAUAGCAGUAACAGUUGCUACUCAUCUACGGCAUCCACUACCUUAAACAGUCAAACGGCAUCUUUAUUACCUGCAUGUUAUAAUAAUAAAGAUUCUACCCCUUUUUUUGGAGGCUAUCAUCUUCAACAUGAACCUAUCAUGUCUCAACAGAUCUCUGCUCACUCUAAUAAUUAUCCUCCUACUCAUACAGCGAUACCAGCGGCAACAGCUGUAUCACCUUCACACCCUUAUUUAUACCAAGCACCCUUUAUGAUGCCGCCAUCGUCUAUGAUGAUGUAUAAUAACGCAGCAAUAAAAAAUCCUUACUUUUCUAGCAAUAAGGAUAAUACCUACUAUACUAAUUCAAUAAUAAUGAACUCUAACGCAGAGGAGUCCUCAUUAACAUCAAUACAUCAACAUAAUUCAGAAUUUUCAACUUUUAAUAAUCAAACAAAUCCCCUUCAAAGUGCUUCCAAUAUAGAUAUUAAAAGCAAUUAUGGUCAAAGUAUAACUCAAAGUAGUCAGAGUAGCUCUCCAACACUUUUACCGGUUAUUUAUGAUGAUGAAGAAAAAGAAAAAGAAUGAACAUGAAAUCUACAUUAUUG